CUGCAACAGUCUCAGUCUAUAUAUGACUCACAUACAUAAUGCAUACAAAUUCUACCUAGGAAUCAACAUGGCGUGAACAAAAUUUCACUUUUUCAUGCUCUUUUUACCUACGCAGCCUUUUCGCCGCACAUUCAAUGGUUACAAACAGUGUAUUACUAUUUAAUUGUAUUUAACACCAUUGUAUUUAAUUAAUCAAUCAGAUUAAAACAUAUUAAAUUUCAUAUGACUUAAUAGAUAUUUUCAUAUGAUUACUACAAAUUUGUCAGUAUAAAAACCAAAUGUAUAGAAUCUGACGAAGAAAAACACUUUAUAAAAAAACAAAGCUAUACGUGAAUACUUUUUGUAGCCACUGUAUAAAGAAAAUUGUUAAAAUAUUUCUUUUACCGACUGAUUAAGUACGACCGCCGCGUGUGACUAACAAUGAGUUAGCUUGCUUCUUAUGGUAUUCAGUUUUCUGUGCCGGAAUAGUUGACUUUCACGUGAAAGGAGGCCACGUGGCUACACGUCCUUCUCAAAUGCACUAACGCGCCAGUUAAUAUACACAAGCGUUCUAAAUUGGAACAUCAAUAGGAGUUUGGAUUAUUACAAUGAUGCUAUCUGUUAUUCAUCACUAUUGUAAAAAUAAAUUCUCCUUAAUGUGAGAAAAUGUAAAUUAUAUUGAAUUGACAAUGAUUAUAGAACAGUAGUCAGUAUUCCACAAAUUAUCUUAGAUUCUGAAUUAAUUUUUAAUGUUAUUAAUAGAUAAGGGGGUGUACUUUGAUAUAAUGUACUUAAAAAGAAAAACAACUUAUUCAGUCCCAAAAUUUUUACAAUAGAUGACAAAUCCAUGUUUUCUGGCAAAGCUAAUUUCAUACUUAAUAUUUAAAAUACGAUAACCAAUACUUUCGGAAUCAAUAUUUUUCAAAGAAAUCCCAUAACUAAGUUUAUUAAAAAAGGCAGUUUUGCUAAUAGAUGUAUAUCGCUGACAAAAUAUUGAACUUUAAAAUUGUUUUCAAAUGAGAAGCUAAAAACGUGACAUCGUUAAAAAAUGUUUAGAACAAAAUUAUGAUGCGCAGUUUAUUUUACAUAUUUUAUGUAUUGUUGGAUAUUACGUGCAUUCUGUAAAUUUCUGGGUCUUGGAAUUUUUCAUAAAUGCGAAAACAUCUACUUAUAAUUAUCAUUGCCCUAUGGUCUUUGUAUUUUAACAUAUUUAACGACUUAAUAAAAUAUCAAUUGGUAUAGCAAAUUUUUUAACAAACUGAAAAUUAACCACGUUGCAAAUAUGGAAAGCUAAAAUCAGUUUACGACAGGUAUACAAAGUACUUUGAGUAACGUGACGUAGUAGGCAAGAAAGUAGUGGGGGCUUCCCCGUCUAGACGGCCAUAUGUCAUAUCUUUGUUUCAAUACUCGUAUCCGUAUAUCCGUACUGUUCUUGGGCACUCUUCAGUCUUGAGAUCGGACUCCGAGCUCUCAAAUCGCUGACUAAUGGCGAGGCUCGUUUUAUCUAGUUCCCCUCUGUAUUUCGUUCAACAAGAUUCGCUUAACAUUAUUCAUAUCUUCGCCCUGUGUCCUCUAUAAUGUGUUAGGUACACGUAUAAAUUGUUCGAUUGAAGUUCAAUUCGAUUUUUUAAUAUCAACAAGAAAAGAUUAUUUAGUGAAUACGACUUCAAUUAUAUUCUUCAAAUAAUGUACACGUUGAAAAAUCCAGGAUUUCUGAAACAUGAUUGUGUUUCGUCCACUUGUAUGGUGUGUGAGGAAUUUCUUCAGAAUUACCAUGAAUUAUUGCAAAGGGUCAAAUCAUCAGUUGGAAAUGAAGAUAGGAAAUAAAAAAAGAAUAUUAUUAGGAAAAAUUAAAUAAUUUAAAGUGAAAACAAAGGAACAUAUCGAUUGGUGUAUAAAAAAGAUAUUUAAAAGUGUAGAAAUGUCUUAAAAAUUUCCGAGAUUCUUCCUGCACUUUUGGAGCAUAUCAUGUAUCAUUAUUUUGACAAUAAUGAGAGUCACAUGUAUUUAUGCAUAACAGCUAAAUGUCAAAAUCACAAAAUAUGCCGGGUAAAAGGUUAAUCGUUAAUGAAGUAAUCAUGCACGACUUAUCAAAGUUAAAACUAUAUUUUCGCGGUACGGUUCCUUUUAAAUGCAAAGUGGAGUAUAUGGACAUUGGGGAGGACAUUGGUGUCCCUGAGGAUUUCACAACUGGUGAAAUGGUCUCUGGAAUGUGGUGGCGACAUUUGGUGUCCGGUGGUGUAGCAGGUGGUGUAUCACGCACAUGUACGGCGCCUUUGGAUCGUAUUAAAGUUUACUUGCAGGUACAUGGAACGCGACACUGCAAAAUCAGGAGUUGCUUCAGGUACAUGCUGCGUGAAGGUGGCUCUAUCAGCCUGUGGAGAGGAAAUGGUAUAAAUGUACUUAAAAUUGGACCAGAGAGUGCGCUGAAAUUCAUGGCUUAUGAGCAAAUUAAGAGAACGAUUAAAGGAGAUGACGUUAGAGAGCUCGGACUUUAUGAACGAUUAAUGGCUGGAUCUUUAGCUGGUGGGAUUAGUCAAUCAGCCAUAUAUCCACUUGAGGUGCUCAAAACUAGAUUUGCUCUUAGAAAAACAGGAGAGUAUUCGGGUUUAGUAGAUGCAACAAAAAAGAUAUAUAGACAAGGUGGUUUGAAAUCUUUUUAUAGAGGCUAUAUUCCUAAUUUAAUGGGAAUAAUUCCAUAUGCUGGUAUUGACUUGGCUGUGUACGAGACUUUGAAAAACAGGUAUUUACAAACACACGACAAAAAUGAACAACCACCCUUCUGGAUAUUGUUAUUAUGCGGAACAGCUUCAAGCACAGCCGGUCAAGUGUGCUCGUAUCCACUAGCGCUAGUCAGAACGCGGUUGCAAGCAGAUAUGUCUCCAGGGAAGCCUAAUACUAUGGUUGCUGUUUUUAAGGAAAUUAUUAAAAAUGAAGGUAUUCGCGGUUUGUAUAGAGGUUUAACCCCAAACUUUUUAAAGGUUGCACCAGCUGUGUCGAUUAGUUACAUGGUGUAUGAAACCGUCAGGGAUUUCUUGGGUGUUAAUAUGACGUGAUGAUUAUUUAUUUUAGGUGAUAUUAAUUUAACUAAAUUAUUCUUUAAUUACAUCAUAAUGUAUACAAGCAAGCCAGUCGUUGGUUGAACAAACAAUUCGGCAUGUUCUGCCUUUUGUUAUAUGUAAUAUCGCUUAUUUAUUGUUAACUCGAAGCUUCUACGAUUAUUUAAGCAUUUGCCAUUCUAUUUUCCAAUUGUAUAUCACACUAUUAAACUCAUAGAACAUAUUUAUAACAAAUUUCACAUAAGGAGAUAAGUAUAACAAAAGUGGCCAGCAUAAAGAAUUUUAAUUAAUUUCCAAUGAGUUCACAUUUAUACACUCCGUGUAUACAUCAUGCUAACUAGUUUAAACGUAUUCAUUGUUAUGACUUACACUUAUAUUUCGCUUCUAUGAAGAAGAACAAAAGUGUAAAUUUAUAAUUUCGAAAUAGAAAUGAUAGUAUAAAGACCAGUAGAAGAAAAGAAAAUAGUAUUAUGUCUUAUAAUUUUAUUUUGAUCGUUUUUUAUGGAGAGGAAAUAAGGAUGUGGUUGAUAGUUGUAAUAUUAAAGAAAAAAGGAAUUCCUGUACGAUCCAUGUACGAUUUGCAAGUCAAGUAAUCUACAGAUGGAAAUGUAAUUUUAUGAAAAUGUAAACGAAUGUAUUGUUUAGAAAAUACAUUAGAUAAUGUUGCAAAUUCUGAAAAUAGGAGGAUCGAGUUAUAUUAUUGCUGUGAUAUGUAUGGUUAUAAGCUAAAUUGGAAACAUAAUUCAGUGCAUAACAUCCUAUCAAUUUUGUAAAUGCGUUUUAUUUUUAUUGUAAAUUUCUUCCAGUAUUUAAUGAUAAUAACGAAAAUAAUAAUACCAAUAGUAAUAAUAAUAACAAAUCCGCUAUUAUCAAGGUGUUAUGCUAUGAGUUAUUGCAAACACUGCACAUCUAUAAUUUAUGUGUUAAACUUGUUCCAUGAACGAGUACUCUAUCCGCGAUAUUACAUUUAUUACACGCAUUGUUUUAACAUAAUUCUCUGAUUAAAUGAAUCUUGUAGGCAUGUUAUGUAUAUUCUAUGUAUUAUAAAUAUGUAUAUUUAAACUCCAAAGAAGUACAUCACGAUAUAGCAUUAUA